UCCAAGAUAUUUAAAGGCAGUGUUAUUUUCUUCCAGGCAAUUAAAGCCACUGUUUAUUCUAUUAUUCUAUUUUUAUAAUUUAUUUCAGGCACUUUGAAAUUUAUUUAAUUUUCCUUCCAGGCAAUUGGAAAUAAUUUCUAUCAAAUUUUCUUCGAUUUAUUAUCUCAUCAUCUUCAAAUUGUAAGAUCCAAGGGAUCAGCUUUAAAAACAGACACGUACUUUAAGCCAGAUUUGGUCUCCAAGCAGUCCAAGUAAUACACAAAACAGCCUCAGAAAAACCAAAAGAUAUUGCAAAUAAGUGAAAUAAAUAAGCUCAAAAUAAUACCGUCGAGAAACUGUGUAAAUUAUCCUAACAAGCUGGAAAUUUCCAUUUUAUUCAAAAAAGGACCACAUCCAACCCUAUAAACACGCAAAUAAAAAAGACUCCCCCUCCUGCGCCCGACCCUGGUCGAUUGCACUUGAUAUCCCGAAAAAUCGGGCUAAUGGCAAAGUGGAACGGCAAACACCAGAGAUAAAGCUAAAGAGCAUAGGAGUUUAUAUAUAAAGGGGUCGAAUAAGGGAAAAAUGUUUUUACUAAUGAGAUGGAAAAGUAUGAAGACGAGGUGUCGACGACGACGGACUACUGGUGCGAGAAAACCGGGACGAGGGGGUGCGGUAAAGUGCGAGUGAGACGGAGCAAGGCGAACGCGCGAGAACGGAAUCGGAUGCACGGAUUGAAUGCCGCCCUGGACGCUCUCAGGAGGUGUAUGCCCAUCCAGAUGACGCACUCGGACGUGAACUCCAGCCCCCAGAAGCUGUCGAAGAUCGAAACUCUACGUCUGGCCAGGAACUACAUAUCGGCCAUGUCGCAGACGUUACAGGAGGGCAGAUCCAUGGAUCUCAAUCGGUUUGUGCAAAUAUUAAGCAGGGAAUUGAGUCAAACUACCGCGAAUUUACUGAGGGGAACCCUUACUAAUGCUGCUGUGAAUAAAGACUUUAGUGCGGUGAAUUAUGACUAUUACCAAAAGCCUUUUUGUUGUGCAAAGGCUUGGGCUAGUGAGGACUAUAGUCAAGUGUUGUAUAGUAGGUCAAGGAACUAUUGUGCUUAUUAUGAUAACUAUGAGAAUAAUAGUUAUUAUGGUAUGAUAAGUGAAACUGCUGUUGGUUUUGAUAAUAAUGACUUUCGCUGGAGGCAUUACUAAGAAAUCAGCUAAAACUGCCUCACUGUAAACAAACUUAAUCCCUUUUCAUUUAAUUGUAAACAAUAUACUUUAAUUCUUC